AUGGCGACCUCCGGGAGCGAUCCCCUGUUGCCGAAGCCUUCUGGCCUCCAGGGAGGUGUGAGCAGUUCACGAACUGGAGCCCAGUCGAAACUGUUACACUCAGAAAAGGAACGUCAGUCUUGCUGGUCUCCUUUUCCCAUGGGGCAGAGACCGAAAAACACUCUCCGCAAAGCCUCCUCCUACCUGCUCCAGCAGCUCAUUCACCGCUGUCAGGAGUCGGACGUGGACAGAGAUUUCGAAGACCAGGAAGCGGACGAGGGAGAGGGCGAGGGUGAAGUGGAGUCCGAGGAGUCUUCAGAGUCCGAAAUGCAGCAUUUUGAGGGAGAAUUUGAUGGGGUCCUGAGAGAGGAGGUUGUGGCUGAGAAACUCUACGAACUGGGACGCUCAGGCUCUGGGACUGAGCAGGUCUACCUCAGCCUGACUUUAUCCGAUCUUGGUUUAGUUGACGUUAGCAUCCUCUCUGGAUACGUUCACCUACAGAAGUUGGAUCUUUCAGUAAAUAAAAUUGAAGAUUUGUCUUGUGUGAGCUGUAUGCCUUAUCUUCUAGAACUUAAUGCUUCUCAGAAUAAACUGACGACGUUCUUCAAUUUCAAGCCACCCAAAAAUCUCAAGAAGGUGGAUUUUUCCUACAACCAAAUUUCAGAAAUGUGUGAUUUGUCGGCAUAUGAAUCUCUCACAAAACUAAUUUUGGACAGCAAUGAGAUAGGCGAAGUCAAUGGCCUGGAGCUCUGUAGCAGUCUCACCCACCUUAGUCUGGCCAAGAACAAGAUCACAACCAUUAAUGGCUUAGGCAUGUUACCCAUCAAAGUACUCUGUCUGAGCAAUAACCAGAUUGAGAAGAUCACUGGUUUAGAUGACCUCAGAGUCCUGCAGAUCCUGGAUCUGAGCCACAAUCAGAUCAGUAGCCUCCAAGGCUUAGAGAGUCAUGACUUCUUGGAAGUGAUCAACCUCGAGGAUAAUAAGAUUGCUGAGCUGGGUGAAAUAGAAUACAUUGAAAACCUACCUCUCCUUCGAGUUCUCAAUCUUCUAAGAAAUCCAAUUCGGGAAAAAUCUGACUAUUGGUCCUUCGUAAUUUUUAUGCUACUUCGAUUAACAGAAUUAGAUCAGAAGAAGAUUAAAGUGGAAGAGAAGGUGGCAGCAGUGAAUAAAUACAACCCUCCCCCGGAAGUGGUUGCAGCCCAAGAUCACAUGACCCACGUUGUCAACAGCGUGAUGCAGCCACAGAGGAUCUUUGACAGCACCCUUCCUAGUCUGGAUGCCCCUUAUCCCAUGUUGGUAUUAGCUGGUCCUCAAGCGUGUGGUAAACGAGAGCUUGCUCACCGCCUCUGCAGACAGUUCAGCACUUACUUCAGAUACGGGGCCUGUCACACCACAAGACUGCCUUACUUUGGAGAAGGAGACCGGGUUGAUUAUCAUUUUAUCUCUCAAGAAGUUUUUGAUGAAAUGCUAACCAUGGGGAAAUUCAUUCUGACCUUUAAUUAUGGUAAUCACAAGUAUGGAUUAAGUAGGGACACCAUAGAAGGUAUCGCAAGAGAUGGUUUAGCAAGCUGUGUCCACAUGGAAAUAGAAGGUGUAAGAAGUUUAAAACAUUCCUAUUUUGAGCCUCGAUAUAUCCUGGUGGUACCCAUGGACAAGAAAAAAUAUGAGGGCUAUUUGAGGAGAAAAGGAUUAUUCAGUCGUUUAGAGAUUGAAUUUGCUGUCUCCAGAGUGGACCUUUAUAUUAAAAUUAAUCAGAAAUAUCCAGGAUAUUUUGAUGCAGUAAUCAAUGCAGAUGAUCUGGAUGUUGCCUACCAAAAGCUGAGUCAGCUCAUUAGAGAAUACCUUGGAUUGUCUGAGGUAGCUGCCAAGAGUUUGGCUCCAACCACAGCAGAUAUUAAGAAGCCUCAGCUGAAACCUGAAAAAACUUCUAGGAAGUUUAGCGCUCCGAGUGAGUCUGAGUCCCUGGAUUUUGCAGACAGAAACUACUUUGUGAAAUUAUGGGCCAAACUUUCAGGCAAAAAAAUGCCAGUGGAAAGAGUGUCUAUGGCGAGACAGUAUGAGACAGCCCGGCAGGCUCUAAUGGGAAAGACACCUCCUCAUCACACAUUCCUAUUUCAAAGGGGGCUAGUACCAGCACCCAUCAUCAAAAGUCUACAUUAUUUUACAGCUUUAGAAUUAAAGAAAAGUUUCCAGCUUUAUGGAGAUUAUUAUGGAUCUUCUGAAAAGAGUGGCAUGGAUUCCAAUGAUUCCAUGAAAUGCUCUGCAUUAUUUGAGUCUUGUCCAUGGUCCAAAGAUUUGCCUUUUCAGCCUCCAGAAGACAGUAUUUAUUCACACCCAGAAUCAAUAGGUGAUAUUGAGGAUCAGGCCCUAAAAGCACUACAUAAACAGGCAUUUCCAUGUGAAAAAGGGGCUCUGCAACACAGAAGACACACGAUCUCAGGCAUCAGCUGCCCAGGUUCCAACACGAAACCCACUCUCCCUCCAAUCCCUCAGGGCCGCAAGUAGACUAGUACUUGACGUUUAAUCUUAUUGUGGAAAACUCGCUCUGAUCAUGUCCAGUCCCUUUGUCUUACCUCUCCAUGGAUCCUGGCUAUUUCUCACUCA